CUCACACCCUUCUUCUUCUUCCCUCCUCCACAGACCCCUCCCAAAGGCCAAAGCUCCUCUUCUCUCUUUCUCUCUGUUUUCUUCUUCCGGUGUAUCAGAACCAUCAAAAGCCUUCUUCUUUUUUCAACUCCGGCGAGCUUUAGUUCUCUGAUAGUUCCAUUUCUGAGCUUCUUCUUCUUCAUCUGCACCAAGGAGUUGUUCUGGUUUCCUUUUUCUUUUAACCCACCCUAAAUAUCUCCGGUUUACUGGAUUUUUCUUUUUUUUUUUCCGGAGAAGGUGGAAGCUUUUGGGUUUGGUUCUGAUUUCAGAAGCAAAUCUGUUUGUUGUUGUCUUAUCUUGAGCUGAAAUUUAUCUUAUUAAAUUUUAUGGGAUCUAUAGAAACAUACGGUGAACAGAGGAAAUUAAGCUGAUUUUGAAGUCCAGAUUCGUGAUUUUUGUUUUCUCGAUCCAUACCUUCGAGUUUUUUUUUUUCCUUCCUCCGGCGAGAUCUUAAUCCGGGAAGCUAUGGCGUCGUCUCCGUUGACUGCGAAUGUUCAGGGUGCCAAAGCUCCUUCGAAGAAUAGAGUUGAGGAAAGUGCAGACAAGCAGAAUCAAUGCAAGGACAAAUGUUUUGGGGGAAAUGACUAUGCACCCAAGGUACGGAAACCAUACACGAUAACAAAGGAAAGAGAGAGAUGGACAGAUGAUGAGCACAAGAAGUUUGUUGAAGCCUUGAAAUUAUACGGGCGAGCAUGGAGACGAAUAGAAGAACAUGUGGGCACAAAGACUGCAGUUCAGAUUCGAAGUCAUGCUCAGAAGUUUUUCUCUAAGGUUGCUCGAGAAGCAACUGGAGGUGAUGGGAGCUCAGUGGAGCCAAUUGUGAUACCACCUCCUCGUCCCAAGAGAAAACCAGCGCAUCCUUACCCUCGUAAGUUUGGGAACGAGGCAGAUCGAACAAGUAGAUCAGUUUCUCCGUCAGAACGAGAAAACCGAUCUCCAACCUCUGUGCUGUCCAAUGUUGGAUCAGAAGCCUUGGGUUCCCUUGAUUCAAGUUCACCCAAUCGAAGCUUGUCCCCAGUUUCUUCUGCAUCACCACCAGCUGCUCUUACAACUACUGCAAAUGCACCUGAAGAGCAUGAGACUCUGAAGCUGGAGUUGUUUCCUAAAGAGAGUCUCUUAAACACUGAGAGCUCAGUCAAGGAACCAACGAAGCAAAGCCUUAAACUCUUUGGGAAGACAGUUUUGGUAUCUGAUUCAGGCAUGUCCUCUUCUCUGACAACUUCAACUUACUGUAAAUCCCCAAUUCAGCCAUUACCACGGAAACUCUCAUCAUCCAAAACAUUACCCAUAAUAAGAAACGGACAAGAAGAUCUCUUGAGCUGCUGGAUACAAGUACCUCUUAAGCAAGAAGACGUGGAAAAUAGAUGUUUAGAUUCAGGAAAGGCUGUCCAAAACGAAGGAUCAUCGACUGGAUCAAACUCUGGUUCAGUGGAUGAUACAGGACACACGGAUAAGACCUCAGAACCCGAAACAAUGGUAUGCCAAUGGGAGUUUAAACCUAGCGAGAGGUCUGCAUUUUCUGAGCUCAGAAGAACAAACUCAGAGUCAAAUGCAAGAGGAUUUGGUCCGUACAAGAAGAGAAAGAUGAUGAUAGAAGAAGAAGAAGAACAAGAACAAGAGAUUCAUCUCCACUUAUAACACAUUUUCUCAGAUAUCCUAAAAGAAGAGACUCUAAAUUCAAUAUUCAUUCACUUUUUCUAAAUUUUCAUCGAAAGUCUUUUGUUGUUGUUGUUUCAUUGUUUUGUUCGAGCUGUUUGUUGUUCUUUAGGCUAAAAUCUCAGCAAAAUUUGUAACUGUAAAACUCUUGUACAAUUUUUUCAUAGUUAAAAUUAAAUGUAGUGAUUAUGAGAUCUUUA